GGGGCAAAGCAAGAGUAUAGAGAUAGGCCAUGGCCAUGGCUUUGAAUCCACUUUUCAUACCAAAUCCUAUUUCUUUUUCCACAACCAAGACCAUAAUCACCAAUAACACAUUUCCCUCGUCCAAAAACUCCAUAUUUCACUGCAAAACCAAUGACUCCAAGAAAGAAGUAGUACUUCCAAGAGUGGCCUCAAUCCCAUAUCAACCCAUCAACGUGGACUACUUGCAGGAAGAGUUCAGUGGCCACGGCGUGACCUUCCAAGGCAUCGGGGACGGCUGCGUCGCGAAGAUGCGGUUGGAGAACGGGAGCACGGCCAUCCUGAUGCUGCCAAGUGGCUUGAUCACCUCCUACAAGGCUGCCAUGUGGCAUGGAGGCACGGACGAGAUGCUGCACUCAUUUGUCACUGAGGAGAUUGGUGGUGCUGUUGUUCAUGGAGGCGUUUCUUUGGCCUUGGAGUUUUCAUGUGGGGAUGGAGUUUCUUGGUCGCCAAGCAACUGGGUUCUUCAGACCAUCAAGGGAAAUUCUCAGGAUUCAAUUCAGGUAGAACUUAUCAGCACUGAUUCAGGAGAGAAAGUGGAAAUAAAAUACAUUGUGACUCUCAAAGAAGAUGAGUUAAGCUCAGAUCUCGUGAUCUCAAAUUCUAGAUCUACACCAGUCCAACUUACUGGAUGUGUUUUAAGCCAUCUAAGAGUGAGCUCACCAGAGGCGACCUAUGCAAUCGGAUUAGAACGAUCGAAUUUCUUUAGCCUACCUCCAUUCAUGUCGAACUUUGGUAUUGUUCCUCCGGACUUUGGCCAGGAAAACGAAUCUGGAUUUAGCCAACUGCUGAAUAAGAUGUCAUUCUGGCGUUCAAGAAAUGGAAACAAUGCUGAUGAAACAAAGAGCGAUGGAAACGAAUCUAAAGAAGAAAUGGAGGGUGAAGAAACUGACAACUACAAGAAUUUAAGAGAGGAAAUGAGUCGAAUAUACACUAUUGCACCCCGGAACAUGACACUCAUUGACAGGGGUAGAAGAAAUUCAGUGAUAGUGGGAAGAAAAGGAUUUGAUGAGUUAUACAUGUUGAGUCCUGGCUCUAGUCAUGAGAUUUAUGGCAAGUAUUCUUAUAUAUCAGUCGGCCAAUCAGCCAUGCUUAAACCGUUAAACGUGCGCACUGAAGAAGUGUUACGGGUUGGACAGGACUUGUACAAUCCAAAUCUCUAAGUUAUGCUUCAUUGAUCAUUUAACUUUGAGUAAGUUUUAUGCUUGUAAGCUUGUCAACAAAAGCAAGUUGAUUUUGAUGUAGAAACUGGAAAGUAAUUCAUCCGUAUAUUGUUAUUGGAUUAAUCAA